AUAAAUACUUCCCAAGAGUUUUUGGGCUUUCGAGUAUCCUUUUCGGGACACUUUUUUUUUCCUAUUUUCCGGGCCAAUAAAUGAAAGCUUUGAAUAGAUUAUAAUCGAGGUCGAACAAGACCAACCGAGGUAGGUUUUGGAAUUGGCCAAUAAUCUACACAUUUCUUUCUUCACUUUCUCCUCCUCUCCCACGUUUCUCGCUUGCUCGCAAUUUCAAAAACGGGAGCAGCCGUUAUGUUUCCGGUUCUGUAAUUUGGUGUUUUUUUUUGUCCGAAAGGAACGGGAAACCACGAGCCGCCACGGAAGCCAAGUUGGCAAUCCACGUGGCCAUAUAUUCACUACGUCAACGAAAUAAAACUUCGCGAGUGCACUUUAUUGGCGAUUAGUUUAGCGGCACGGGUUAAGUCUCUCUCUCUCUCUCUCUCUCCGUCGCCUGUUCUGGGAGAAAAAAUCAAGAAGAGAGUCUCCAAAUUGCUGCGAAAGAAUUUGUACCCAAAAAAAGAAGAAGAAAUUUCUGCGAAAAUCGUUUCGACGCCUGGAAUUCUUCGCUCUCGUCGUUUCGUUUUCUUCAAGAUUCAAGAGUUGUGUGAUUUUGGAUAAGUGUUCCACGUAAUUGAUAUCGAUUCGGGGUUUAAAGCUUAGCUAUAAUUGGAAUACAUUAUGACCUCAUGCUACUAGUCACGCCCUGCAAACGACUGGUUUCACUCCGACGAUGUCUCUUUCUGGUUAUUUGCAAUUGUCCCAUGAUUUGGGACUUCGCAGGAACCAGCGAUACAAUAAAAAGUUUAAGAGUGUAUUGGGAAGGCACAAGUUUCAUUUAUUGAGCAACACCUUCUCAUAUCGUGGUUCAUUCCUGCAACAGGAUUCUUGGAGAAUUCACCUCUCAGACAGUUUGUACAGGCCAAUACAUUCUGUUCCACAUAGAAACAAUGCCUUUAGGUGUCAUGCUUUUCAAGCACCAGGCCCGAUAUGUGAACUUCCUGGCGUAAAAGCUGCAUCUGUUGCAUUGACAAGGUCAUAUAAUAACUUACAAGGUAGUCCUCCUGUAUUUAAGUUGGUUCCAGCAGUUAGUAUUAUAAUUUUUGCCCUAUGGGGUGUUGGGCCACUUAUGCGACAGAUUAGAAGCCUACUUCUUCAUAAGAGUGAUAAUGGCUGGAAGAAGAGUAGAACACAUUAUGUUACAACUUCUUAUAUUCAACCUUUGCUGCUGUGGACUGGAGCAAUACUCAUAUGCAGAACACUGGAUCCAUUAGUUCUCCCUACGGAAGCUAACCAAGUUGUUAAGCAACGUCUUUUAAAUUUUGUAAGAUCAUUAUCAACUGUGCUGGCCUUUGCAUGUUGCUUAUCGAGCAUGAUUCAGCAAAUGCAGAAAUUCUUCAUGGAGACUAGUGAGACCAGUGAUGAUACGAGAAAUAUGGGUUUCCAGUUUGCAGGGAAAGCUAUAUACUCUGCAGUUUGGGUUGCUGCUGUGUCAUUGUUCAUGGAGUUGCUGGGUUUCUCUACUCAGAAGUGGUUAACUGCCGGAGGUCUAGGGACAGUUUUGCUGACUCUUGCUGGUCGUGAGAUAUUCACAAAUUUUCUCUCAAGUGCAAUGAUUCAUGCAACUCGACCUUUCAUUGUGAAUGAGUGGAUUCAAACAAAGAUUGAGGGAUAUGAAGUUUCUGGUACUGUUGAGCAUGUUGGUUGGUGGUCACCAACAAUAGUAAGGGGGGAAGAUCGUGAAGCAGUGCACAUUCCAAACCACAAAUUUACAGUAAAUGUUGUGAGAAAUCUCACUCAGAAAACUCAUUGGCGCAUUAAAACUCACCUGGCCAUCAGUCACUUUGAUGUCAAUAAGAUUAAUAAUAUAGUUGCCGACAUGCGCAAGGUCUUGGCUAAGAAUCCUCAGGUCGAGCAGCAGAGAUUGCACAGAAGAGUAUUUCUGGAAAAUAUCAAUCCUGAAAAUCAGGCUCUUUUGAUAUUGGUGUCCUGUUUCGUAAAGACUUCCCAUUUUGAAGAGUACCUAUGUGUCAAGGAAGCUAUACUCUUGGAUCUCCUUAGAGUUAUCAGUUAUCAUGGUGCCAGGCUUGCCACACCAAUUCGCACUGUGCAGAAAAUAUAUAGUGAUGCUGACUUGGAAAAAAUGCCAUUUGCGGACUCAAUCUAUAACCAUGUUGGAGUGCCAUCCAACAGGCCUCUGUUACUGAUUGAACCCUCUUACAAGAUCAAUGGUGAAGAUAGAACAAAAGGCCGUUCCUCACGUCCAGCUGGAGAACAAGACAGUAAAACCACAGUGCGGCCUAUUGCUGACACUAAAGCAAACAACAAGGCAGGAGCAACACCAAAGCCUGACUCAAAGUCCAAAGGAACACCGUCAAUUGAACUCAAAGCAGAUGCCAAGAUUGGAGAAAGUCCAAAUUCUGAAACCAAGGAGGACUUUAAGGCUGCAUUUGAAUCAAAAACUGAUCCCAAGGCAGAUGAUAAAUGGACCAUGAAACCACCAUCAAAAUCUGCCCCCAAAACAAGUUCUAAUACUGCAGAAACAUCUAGCCCCGACCAAGAAGUUCCGGAUUCAAUCUCCAAUAAUUUGCCCCAGAACAAAAAGGUCACUGACAAGCAACAGAAUAUUGCUAGGCACAGCAGCAAGUUAGAUAAUCCUUCAGUAUCCUCACCAGAAAGUGGUAUUGAUAAAGCAGGCGGAUUAAGAGAACCUUUCCUAUCGAAACAGGAAGGUGAGAAGUUGCCAGUGCCACAGCCACCAGCCGCAAGACCUGCCUUGGAGGAAAAUAUAGUUCUUGGUGUUGCGUUAGAUGGUUCAAAGAGAACACUACCUAUCGAGGAAGGGAUGACUUCAUCCGCAGCAGAUGCAAAAGAAUUUUCUUCUGCAAGCCGGAAUGGAAGCGGAUCCACUACUGAGCUUAAGAAAGACGGUCAGAUCCGGUCCAUUCCUAGUACCCCUGACGAUCAGUGAUGUAUUUGGAAGCUAACUAUUGAACCCCCGAGCUUCUGACUUGAAUUAUCGAAAACUUUUUCUGACACCUAGACUGUGGAGCUGUAUUUCAUCAAAUUGUCUCGUACUUGUAUAUUUUCUUCUAAUCACUCUUUCAUUAUUAAUUCUUAAAAUGUAGCAUCUGUUUAUCUUGAAAGCUUCGGUUAAUAUAUCCUUUUUUAAUGAUUGUAGACUUGAUCAGUUUGAAAGGCAAUUUGAGUCUGGUCUUGAAUGGUUCA